ACUGAGUACUAGACCGGGUUUAAGUGGAUGGCGGAUUACGUUAAUUGCUCUCCAUUAUAUCGUCUGGGUGGACCGUGCAUAGUCGUAAACGCAGCGGGAGCACAGGGCUUCACACUCCCUCUCCCUCCAGGUCACCCAAACAUCACCACAGGAGCUGCUGGAUGAGUUGCAUCCCCGGCAGAUAGCUCUGGGUCGGCCCGUGACAGGUUCGAGCUCCCUCUUUCGGCGUGGUGUGUCCGCCCGUUAAGCGGACUACGAAGGGGUCGACUCGCGUGGAGAGAAAGUGAGUUUACGGGCUGCUGCUGCUGCUGCUGCUGCUGCUGCUGCUUUGUGUUAGCGGGAGCUCGAGACGGGUGGGCAGAAUGUUUCAACUCCCAGUCAACAACGUCAGCAGUCUAAGGAAAGCUAGGAAAAAUUUGAAAAAAGUGCUGGGUGACAUUGGCUUGGAAUUUUGUAAGGAUCAGAUUGAUGACUAUAAAGAAUUUGUUCCCAAUGAGUUCUACAUUAAGAACACGUCAUGGGACGAUGUUUGCAUGUUGGACCCCUCAAUGACCAAAUCACAAGAGUACCGCUCAAAGCCAUUCUGUUGUUCAGGAUGUUCAUUCGCCUCAAAGUUUUUCUCAGCCUACAAAAGUCACUUUCGUAAUGUACACAGCGAGGACUUUGAAAAUCACAUUCUUCUGAACUGCCCCUAUUGCACUUACAAUGGGAACAAAAAGUCAUUGGAAACACACAUCAGAUUGUUUCAUAUGCCUAACAAUACAGUGUGCCAGAAUGCUAGUGGGCUUCAGGGGGCAGGGCUUGGUUUGAAGGAGGGUGCACGCCUGGAUAAGACACGUGAUAAUGUCGAGCAGGCAGUGUACUACUGCAAAAAAUGCACUUAUAGGGACCCACUAUACAAUGUGGUGCGCAAGCAUAUCUACCGGGAACAUUUCCAACAUGUGGCGGCACCAUACGUGGGGAGGCUUGGUGACAAGGCAACACCACCUAAUGGAUCAACAGGCUCUGGUACAGGGAGUAAUACUGAUUCUAACACCAAAACUGGCGGUGCCAACAAUACAAGUACAGCCAUCCAUUGCAAGCGAUGCCUCUUUGUUCCUCGUACCUAUGAAGCACUUGUGCAGCAUGUCAUUGAGGACCAUGAGCGCAUUGGAUAUCAAGUUACUGCCAUGAUUGGGCAUACCAAUGUAGUAGUACCUCGGACAAAGCCUGUAAUUUUGGUAUCCCCUAAGGCUCAGGAGCAUAAAGGCAUCAUUGGUAUAAUGCCAAAGAGCAUGGUAGUGGCAGCUGGAGGGCGACCUUUGUCCACUGAGCAGCUGAGUCGCAUUGUCAUUCCAAAAGGAAGUUUGAACUCAACUGGUCUCCUGUCAGGUAUUCACCUGAAACAGGGGGCAUUUGGUCUGAAGCCAUGGUCUACCCAAGCUGUGACCAUUGGUGGACAACAGGUGCAGCAGUCUCAAACAAAUAAAUCUCAGCUUUCUGCUAGUCUUCGCAGUUCAGUCUCUACAUCAGCAUCCACCUCUAUAAUAAAGAUUCCUCAACUGACCUCACGAGUUCAGGAAGCGGCUACAACUGUGACUUCUGUUACCCCCAAGAAAGGCAACUCAGUCUUUGGCACAUCUUAUACUCAGAAAUGGAAGAUUUGCACCAUCUGCAAUGAACUCUUUCCAGAAAAUGUAUAUAGCUCACAUUUUGAGAAAGAGCACAAAGCAGAAAAGGUGCCAGCAGUGGCCAACUACAUCAUGAAAAUCCACAAUUUCACCAGUAAAUGCUUGUACUGCAACCGUUACCUACCUAGCGACACACUUCUUAACCAUAUGUUGAUACAUGGCCUAUCCUGCCCACACUGCAAGGCCACGUUCAAUGAUGUCGAAAAAAUGGUGACGCAUAUGCGAGGAGUGCAUCCAAACGAAUCCAUCGGGACACAUGCAGACUCGCCACUAACUUUUGACCUUACACUUCAGCAGGGGAAUCCGAAGAACGUCCAGCUGAUUGUCACCACAUAUAAUAUGCGAGAUGCCCCUGAAGAAUCUGUGGCGUUCCAUGCCCAAAACAAUGCAUUGUCAUCAUUACAUGGACGUAAACAGGUUUCGCUACAAAUACCAAAGACACCAUCCGAUGCCUCAGAUGCCAUGCCAGCUAAGACUUCACCACAAGCUGCUGUACCCUACAAGAGGGAUGUAGGGAAAACACUUUGUCCUCUGUGCUUCUCUAUUCUCAAGGGACCUAUCUCAGAUUCGCUAGCCCACCACUUAAGUGAGAGGCAUCAAGUUAUACAAACGGUUCAUCCUGUGGAGAAGAAGUUGACAUACAAGUGUAUUCAUUGCCUUGGUGUCUAUACUAGUAACAUGACAGCUUCCACCAUCACUUUGCAUCUUGUGCACUGCCGCGGUGUAAGCAAAACUCAGAAUGGUCGACCCACUCCAUCUGCCAGAGUUGCACAGGCACAGGGGUCUGGCCUCAAAAGGUCAGAUCUAGCAAACUGUGACCAGACUGAGCCAAAGAAAAGGAAAGUUGUUGCAGAUGACCAAACUAAGCCAAUGUCACCAGAGGAACCUGUAGUCUUCGCUUUGGACCCAAAGGGUCUUGAGAAUGAGUCCUACGAGGCACGUAAAGCGUUUCUCACACAAUACUUCAACAUGCAGCCCUACCCCACUCGCCGAGAGGUGGAGAAGCUGGCAUCCAGUCUCUGGCUUUGGAAAUCUGACAUUUCAAGCCACUUCUUGAAUCGAAGGAGGCGAUGCAUGCUUAAUUGUGAAACACUACAAACUCGGGUUUUACUGGGAUUUAAAAUGGAAGACAUUGUACAUUUGCAACAUCCCAUGAAAUUUCACUCUAAGUGGUAUUUCAAGGGCAACAAACAUGAGCCAAAAAGACGAACUUCUAGAAAUCGCAUAGGCCGAUCUGCCAAUGCCAUUAGUUUUCAGAAAAGAGCUACAACCAAUGGUGGUGACUUGCAACAGAAGCAGGGGACACUAGCAAGAUUUGCUGCCAAAACCUCACUCUACACUAAUGGUCAAAAGGCCACCAUAGGGAGCAACUGCAAUGCUUCAAUCAAGAGUACCUUAAAACCUUGCGCACUUGUCAGUUCGGAGUCAAUUGCUGUGGACUCGGACAGUGAAAAUGAGGAGGAUGUCUGUGAUGUGCAACAACAAGAGAAUGCUGGGCUAAACACACAGUCAGUUAGUAGUGAAGAACCAGAAGUCAGUAAUAAAGAGGAUGUGAUCUCUAAUAUCAGGGAGGACUCCCAAAGCGAAAAUGGUUAUGGGUCAAAUUACAUGUUAGAAAAAAAAUGUUGGCCAAUAGAUGAAUGCCAGUCAGGUGUAACAAACAAGCUUGAACAGUCAAAUUCAGAGACCGUUUAACAAAGCAACAGGUCUGAUUUCAGGACAGGGUUAAUUAAAUGGACAUGUAUACAUUUGCGUUAUGUUUGACAUACACCAACAAUGCUGCCUCAUUGAACUUCUGGACCGUGGUUACAGAUGGUAACUAUAAGGAUAUGCUUUUUCCUCAACUCCAAAAGCCAUUUAAAAGGCAAAAAAGUCAUAUUUUACAGUUUUGAACUUAUAAAGAUGACUGUGAAUGAUGCUGGGGUUUCUCUCAGGAUGGGGAAAGAAAACACUGAACAUGCACCAAAUAAUAGAAAAUUAUUUGCCUUCAGUUUAUAUUUCUUUAAAAUAACUAGAAACAUAAUUAGUUUGUUCAGCCAGUAUUGUGUGGUUAAAGGAGUCUAUUCUAGAAUUUCAUGUUAUUAUAUAGAAUAGGAAGUGUAUAUUUGCACAGUCUUUUAUAUAUGUCUAAGGAGAUGUGUAGGUGUAAUCCCUGAUUUAAAAAAAGAUUUGCUAUUCUUUUUGUGCUCACGCUAAUAUGUUCUACUUUUGGAUAACAUUUAAAUUACGUGGCUUUGGUGGCUAUUUCCAGUUUACUUUUAUUAACAAAUGUAUAGCACUUUGCUAAAAAAUAUGUCUAAAUAUAAAAAGGCAAAAUAAAAAGAACACAAUCUCUUUCUUCUGUUUUGCUUGUUUAUGAAGUAUUGUUUUUAUAAAUAUAUUUAUAAAUGCAUACUAUUAUAUAACUUGUGUUUUGCUUUAAAAGCAGUUUUUCAAUAUAUCUGCCCUAACGUCACAAUAAAUAGCAGUUAAAAGUAGACAAGUCUGUGUUUGGUUCAGCCUCGGCUGAAUGCUGUUUGUUUUCUCUUCCAACGAUUACACUUAAACUUCUUCAGAUGGACUUUUUGUUACAUGAGGUCCAGAAUGAGCAUUCUCGCUUCAGUCUAGCUUUGUUUUUAAAUUUGUGACCUCCAGUUUGUUAUUUGUUUUUUCCUUUAUC